ACAGCUGAUUUCAUUCCCGCGAAAAUCACUUUCGCUCCCAUUUUAAUUCUAAAAAUCGUGGAAUAAUAAGCACUUUGUGUCGUACUUAAUAAUUUUUUCGUGACUCGCGAAGUAAAACAAUUGCAUAUAUUCGAUUGACGAGUAUUAAUUAACGUGUUCUUCGAUAAUUCAAGUGUUAUUAAAAUGAUACAUUCCAUAGAGCCUUCAUCUUUCUACGGUGCGAACCGAGCUACGUUGGAUUUGGUGAGAAACAUUCGUCUGUCUAGAUUAACGAGUGAUGUCGAUUCGAAAACAUUAACCGGUAAUGAGAAAGCAAAGCGAAGUCGCUCCAGUAGCGAAAAUGGACUACGUGUACCGAAACCAAAAAUUAAGAUGAUCAAGCUGUUUCCCGGAAUCAAACAUGGCGUUAAGAAAGCUAAACCGAAAGUUCCGGUCAAAGAAAAGAAAGUUUCGGUUGAAAAACGGUCAUCCAUAAGGCAAAUCAUGAAGGAAAAGUUCGAUUUCUCCAGAACGUAUUACGCGUUACCGAAGAAGAAACCUAGAAUCGCUUUGAACGAAGAAACUGGUGCGAAACGGAAAUUUUUCAAAAGCACUGUUCCGGUGGAGGAACCUAAGAAAAACGAACCGCCUCCUACGGUAGAUUUCGAAGAAAUUAACGAUGUCGAAGAAGAACCAUUCGCUAACAUAAAGAAAGACGUGUCUAAUAUAAUCCAUCAUAUCGAUUGGUCCGACGACGAAGAUUAUUUGAAACCGCAACUUACGCGAAAGAAAGCGGUUGCUCUCUCGAACGAAAGUUAUAAUAUUUCGUAUCUGACGCCGACGCUUCCAGUGCUCACUCCGGUCACACCGAGCACACCUUCUAGGAAACCGAACAACCGUAUGAAUGAGAACAUCGAGAAUACUCCGAAAACGUACGUCGAGCUGACCAACUGUUCGAUUCCAGUAACUACGCCAUCUCCGAGUAAAACUACACCGACAGCCACCGAUGAAAACACCCCUCUGACAGAAACACCGAAAUAUUAUCCGAUAUUUACUUCUCCAACGGUCUCUAAUGUGCUUUCGGACGUUACAAACAAUCAGCCAAAAUGCAAAGUCAGACUAAUAAAAGCUGCAUCGCCCAACGACCAAUAUCAAAUCGACGCUGGCCAAAAGGUGAUUGGACCUACGGAAUGUAGAAAAUGUGGUAUGGUUUACGAUAUCGGUGAUCCGGUCGAUGAACAACGCCACAGAAAAUAUCACUCGAAUAUCGAAGAAUUAAAAUACAAAGUUUCAAAAACUGAUAACAUUGUCGGGUACAACGGAACCGAUAUUAUAAUACUGAUUCAGUAUUCCGAUUCUAAAUCCAAGUUGGAUAAACUAUACUCGAUUCUGAAAUACACCGAAGACGAAAUAGGCACCGGAUACUCAUUUGGGCCAAACUGGAAGGCUUUCGUGUACAUUCGACAAGGCUCCGUACUCGGUUGCCUAAUCGCUGAACCGAAACUUAAAGCUCAUCGUAUCAUACAUUCGGAUGGUAUUACGCUUCUAUCUGAAGAUUCGUAUGAUGUCAAAUGUGGUGUGAAUCGUAUCUGGGUGAAACCUGAAUUCAGAGGACAGAAAAUUGCCUCCACCAUGAUGAAUACUCUAAGGAAAAAUUUCGCUUACGGAGAGUACCUGAACCUGUACAAUGUUGCUUUUUCAGUCACAACUGCCGAAGGUAAUGAAUUCGCGAAGAAGUACACCGGUCGAGAUGACUACUUAACUUACUCUAGUUAAAAUUAAUUUUUAUUUUGUAUUUUUUAUUCACGAAUGUGUUUUUUGUGUUGUACUCAGUCUGUACGAUUAAUUUAAAACGAUUUAUCCGCUUUAAGUUUGUGAUUAUUGAACAAAUAGAAGUAAGUUUAUGAUUU